AUUUCACACACGAGCUUGUCGUCUCAAUUUAAUCUCACGGGUAUAAUUAAGUUAACUACUACCAUUUCUUCAAACGAUAAAUAUGGAAAUUACUGUAACUAAAGUGCUAAUGUUUCUACAGAACAGCUUAAUUUUAAUAUGUAAAUCGGGUAAAAAUAUUUAAACUCUAUUCAAGAGUACCGGAGAACUGUCACGGGGAGUCUGUCGAUCAAACGCUUAAGCAAAAGCCAAAAUAAUGAACGACGCAGAAAAUUUUGAAUAAGCGCGUUCGUAUGCAUACUUAAUUCGUAAUUGGUGUAUAAUUUCUAUUAAUGCGGUAAUUAAAGCUCAACCAAAAAAUAUAUACUACGUCCAUAAUAAGUCCGCUUAAGUUAUCAUAAAAACUGAUUUUUAUGAAUCGAUAUUAUUUGUACACACGUAUAACUCGUAUAAGAAGUUCACAAAAUAUGAUGACACUACUCGUUACAGUUUAAUUUCUAACGAUAUAUCGUCUAUAUACUUUCUCAGCAUGUAUAAAUAUAAAUAUAUGAUAAUAAUAUCGAAAACUUACUAUGCCAUAUCGCAUCAGAUCAUCAAUCACCGUUGUCACUUGUCAUUCCUGUCUAAACACCAGGGUCAGAUUUAAAAACGGUCUCUCAGUUUAAAAUAUAAAUGUAGACAAGUAUAACGAAAAGUUUAUUUUUAUUUUUUUUUUUUUUACUGAGACAGUGGGUUUUAGUACACCUUGACGAGACGAAAACCUCGCACUUUAAUAUAUGUAUAGCCCAGGGUGAGUCUGGAAAAGUUCGUCUUCGACGUUCGACAUCCGCAAAAAAGGCAGCGAUAGUGAUGGUGGCGUAUCCGGGUCAGUUGAUACAACUUUAAACAUACCAAAAAACAUUUACGGUUUCGUUUCUCGGGCAUUGAAAAAUAAGUAUCCCAGACCGAUAAUAUAUGACAGCGUAACGGUGAUGGCAGAGUUUCGAUUUUGUUCCGCUUGUCAUAAUUUAUUGGAAAAGUUCGUUGACUUCGUUGGCAGUCUUAUUUUAAACUUCUUCUUCUUUUAAGGGAAACGCCGGCUAGACUUAAACUACAUGUGUGUAUGUAUGUGGUGUACAUUUUAAUAUUUGUACAACAGCACAAAAUAAUUUAGAUUUUUUUUUUUUUGCGAUUACUAAACGAAGUCUAAAUGAAGAAAAGAUAUAAACAAUUUUAUAAAAUAACCAUUUCAAACAGAUACAGUCGACGCACGAUGAAAUAGGUAACAUUUAAAUAAUAGUUGCUAUGUAACCAUUACCUAGUUAUAACUUGAUGAUUUACGACACAUUGAUCUAAACUCGAUCGCAGAUAUUUCUAUUGCAGACAAAACAUUAGCUUAAUUUGUCAUAAAAAUGGCUUUUUCUGAAGAACCAAAAGUCACAUCAGGAGCUCCAGUAAAAUCAUUUAGAUUUUUGGAAAGCUUUGACGACAAGAGGCCACUUUCUGAAGUAAUUCGUGAUGAAACCCAUCAUAAGUUGAAUGCAAAAUUUUACAAUUCGAUGAUCGGUUAUGUUAUUAAUCGUAAAGAACACUUGUCACCAUUGAAAACAACAGGAAUACAGGAAAAACUUGAAACAAUUAGUGAAACAAAAAACAUGAAUCGAGUGACGUACAAAUCGGGUAACUUAUUCGAAGGACAAUUGUCCGACUGGAUCCCACGCAACACAGGACGUUUAUGUCUUGACAGCGGUGCCAUUUACGAGGGACAGUUAAACGACGGUAUUCCCGAGGGCAGGGGCAUUAUAAAAUGGCUGGACGGCAGUUGGUACCGAGGCGAAUUCCUGAAGGGCCUGAGACACGGCCGAGGACUGCACGUGUCCUGCGAAGACGGCCGCCGGUGGUACAGCGGCGAAUGGGCGAACGGUAAGAGGAACGGACGCGGAGAGACGUCCUGCUGCGUCGGUCAGCCGGACGGUGCGUUGAAUUACUCCGGCGACUGGGUGGACGGGCGGCCACACGGCAGCGGCACUGCGAGUUGGCCGGACGGGACUCAAUACACCGGCGGCUGGGUGGAUGGCCGACAGCACGGCCGUGGUAAGACAGUGUGGCCGAACGACCACGUAUAUGAAGGUGAUUGGGUGGACGGGCACAUGGAUGGUACAGGCACAUACGAAUGGAAUAGCAAUCCUCGAGACUGCGAUCGGCUUGUGCUUCUGUGCUUGUGUGACAAGUACACUGGUCAAUGGUCAAUGUCAAAAAAACACGGUCUGGGCGUAUUCUAUUCAGUGGACACCGGAACAACAAUAACGGGACGCUGGGUGAACGACUCUUUGGAUGGUCCGUGUGAAAUCGUCUUAUCUACCGGUCGGCCGCCAAAGGCUUCUGGUCUCGAGUUUUGUAACGAUGUCCUUUACGAAACGCUAACGGCAACACCUCCUACCACCGCUAAUACGAAUCAAAAAAUUACCGCGUCGACCCCCGCGGGUCGUAAACGUCGACUUUCGUAUAAGCCCGUCUCCGCCAUUCCUAUUACGAAUUGUCCACUUUUGGUGACCUCCAGAAGCCACGUCCAAGGGUCCUAUUUUGAUACCCGUAGUUUCCGCGAAACCGCGUCAAACCGUCUGGUUCGAGCUGACAUCCAGUUGGCAGACCAAGGAACGAAGUGUGGUUACGACUUGACCGAUCAUGUCCUGAAAAUAGCAGACAUGUGUAAGGACGAACUGAACGUGGUUAAUACCCCUGUUUUGGAACCAGAUCUCCGAGACGCAGAACGCACACUCAGUGUGUACGAUGAACGUCUGGCAGAACUCUACAAGGCUUACGGCGCAUUUUUGGCCGACGGCCCUAUAACUUACCGACCAUUGAUGACUCGGCUCGGACUAUGGCAGAUAAUUAUCGACAACCGUCUACACGUGCACAUUUCACUGGCUGACUUUGACGACCUUUUGUAUAAAAACAAGAAUUACGCGUUCGUCUCAGCACACGAUCCCUUCGAACCCAUUUACUUUUGGCAAUUCGUUCAUGCUGUCUGUACAUUAGCGACGGUAGCUUACGACCGUACACGGCGGCAGACGGCACACAAAACCAACCGUACAGCUGGUGGUAAUGGAUUGUUGGCUUCGGCUUUGCACGACCUCUUUGUAGAACAUGUGAAAAUCGACAUCGUUCCGACGUCCUACGUGGAUUUGCUGGGUGACGACCCGUCAGCGGCAGGACGUUGGGCCAACAGCCGAAAAACGAUGACGACCAUGUACGACGUGUUCCGGACAAUAACGACGACGGACGCCGAGAGUCCACCGCCGCCAAUCACGGUGCACCGGCUGAUCCAAUUAUGCGGCGGAAACGAUGGCGUCCUGCCCGCCGUGUUAGACGUCCUUCUCGGGCUGGCCGGCGAUGUGGCCACAGCGGCGGCCGUGUUCGAAUUUUCCACCAGCACCGUGGCCAAGCUUUUGUCGGAGGCCUGUCCGACAGCAAAGGACAACCGAGACGAUUUCCCGCACGCGCCACUGAUGGCUUUGGACGAGCGGCUGACGUUCGCCGAUUGGUACCGUUUCGUGUUGAUGUGCGUCCGCGAAUGUCGGGUACCGACGCCAGAGAAGAGUGAUGCAGUAGUUAGUUCUAUCACCGUCUAGGCGGUAUCCUCGAAAACCGCCAACGGAAAUAAUUUGCAGAAUUUUAAAAACCUGCCAAUAAUGUUUAUCAUAUAAUAAUACCUUAUCUAUUAUUAUCAAACGUUUAUUUUUUUACCCAAAUAUCUCUCUCAAGAAAAAAGAUUCAUAUUUGACUUUCCAAAUUUUAUAGGACUCGAUUCCGCCGCUGUGGUCCCUCUUCUCACAAAGAUCCGGUGAAUGUCUAUAUACUAUCUCGCCUGUCGCUCAUCCACUACGUCACCACUGAAUUAGACUCAUAC